GGCGCCUCUCACAGCUAAUCGUGCAGUUUGUGACGCAACCCUCGUCUCCCAAUCAGUGUCUCAACGCCUCUCAUUCCCUGCCCUCCACCGUCCACGAGACAUAUCAAGUCGUCUAUGUAAACAGAUGUCCGGUCAUGCCCUUUUUCACGCCCCCGAAGAAUCCCAGAGCAGCGUCAGAGGUCACCAAGGAGUGGCUGGAAGUUGUCUUAUCCCAGUAUGAGUCAAGAACUUCUCGCAAAUCAACUGUGGAGGUUGACUCGUUCGAGAUCAAUCCAGGUUGUGGUAAAUGUGAAAACUUCUCCAGCGAAGUGAUGAGGAUUGUGGCUGAGGCCCAGGUGACGCCAGCAGGCGGAACACCCUCGCCUGUUCACUACAGCUUCAUUGUGAAGUUCAUCUCCGGCAACGAAUUUGAGCAAGAAGCAUCAAAGUGGAUGGGCCCACCCAAGAAGGAGCUACUGGCUCUCUCAGAAAUCCUGCCUGCCUUGAACACUUUCCAGAAAGAGCGAAGUGGUAACAGGUAUCCCAUCCACGCUCCUGAGUAUGUGUACGGCGUGUGUGCUACUGGUGAAUACGUGCUGAUGAUGCAGGACCUGCGGGAGGCUGGCUUCCAGGUGGGGGAUAAGAGACGUGGCCUGAGCCUUUUGCAGCUCAGGGCAGCAGUGCGGGACUUAGCUCAUCUCCACGCUGUCUCCUACGCAUUCAGCCGCACCCAGGACUUUCUCGCUAAAUACCCAGACUUCAAAGAAAAUGCACUGAUUAACACCAUAUUAAAGACAUUUAACCAGGUGAUCUUAGAGUGUCUGCAGGGCUCAUUAAAGGUUCAUGAAGGAAAGUUCCCGGGUCUGGUGGAAGCCAUCGCCUCUAACAAGGAUAAGAUGGUCAAUGACAUCGAGGAAUUUUCAAUACUAAAUGAGAAGAAAGCAUUUGUGUGUCUGAGUCACGGGGACUUCUGGACCAACAACAUCAUGUUUAAGAGUAACGAGGAAGGCGCUAUCGAAGGUUUCGCGAUGAUCGACUGGGGGAACGUAGGAUGGCGAAGCCCCAUGUUCGACCUUCAGUACCUUAUGCACACAUCCACCCAGAAGGCUACAAGAAGAGACCAUCUGAAGGAGGUGCAGACACUUUACUACGAAACCUUCACCUCCGCCGCCGCCAGCCUGGAUGCAGCCUUGCCACACUGGAAGUUCGAAGAUUUUUUGGCAGAAUAUCAAAAGUCAGCCGCGGCGUCCAUGAUUUUCUGUGUCUUUGUGAACCUAAUAACACUCUCAGAGCACGGGCGAAUGUUUAACCGGGGCACACUCACCACGGGCUUCUCCUCCUGGGUCAGGGUCAGGAUGAGCAGAAUUAUGAGGUUAAUUCCACAAUGGUUGCUGCAUAAGAUGAUAUUCUUUAACUUAAAGAAAGAAAUGAAAAUCUAUUUCGACGACUUGGCAUCGAUGAGCAACCCUGAGAUGACGACUCGGGUCAUGGAUUUAGUGACCGAGGCCUUUCAGGACUUUGUGGUGGAGCCUUAACCCUCAGGCCCGGCCAGGCGGUGUGUCCAACUCAGGGAAAUUAAAUGUAUUAUUUACAGAAAUAUGAUAAGGUUCAAUUGGAAAUAUCAUGACUUCUAGUUCAUGGUCUCAGCAGCUUCAUUUUUGUCCGUGUUGUCUCUCAUGAAUGUCUAAGAAAGCAAUGCAUAGAGGCCAGAAACAGGGCAAAUAGAGUAUUAAGAUUAAUUUUUAGGAGUGUUAAAAGUAGAAAGCCCGAAGUAAUAUUAAAGUUAUAUUUUGCGCUGGUCAGACCUCAUCUAGACUACGCUGUGCAGUUCUGGUCCCCACAUUACAGGUAGGAUAUAGGUCUAUUAGAAUCAGUACAAAGGAGGAUGACUAAAAGGAUACAGGGGAUGAAGAAUAUUCCUUACGAGGCGAGAGUGAAGCUGUUAAAUUUACAUUCUUUAGAGAGGCGUAGGUUAAGAGGGGAUAGAAGUCUUUAAGUGGUAUAAGGGUUAUAACAAGGGGGACGUAAGCAAAAUUCUUAGGAUCAACAAACACGACAGAACAAGAAAUAAUGGAUUCAGGCCUGAAAAAUUUAGGUUUAAGAAAGAGAAAGGAAGAAAUUGGUUCUCAAAUAGAGUGGUAGAUGAGUGGAACGGGUUCAGUAAUCAUGUUGUUAGUGCUAAGACAUUAGGGAGCUUUAAGAGAAAUUAUACGGGUUUAUGGAUGGGGAUGAUAGGUGGAAAUAGGUAGGUAUAUUUCAUACAGGGACUGCCACGUGUAAGCCUGGUGGCUUCUUGCAGCUUCCCUUAUUUCUUAUGUUCUUAUGUUCUUAAUGUUCUUAUAACAAAAUGUUAAAAGCAACCAGCUAUGAAUUUUCAUUUUCAAUCAUUUAUGACGAUGCUGUACUUCUAUGAGGUUUUCAUUAUCCAUUGAAUAUGAUAAUAUGCAUUAUUUGGUGAUGUUUUAAAUAUUUCUUAGCUGAUUAAAAACUACAAUAUUUAA